UAAAAUGGUUGGAUGAAUAAAUUUUUCAAUCACGUUCAGAAGUAAAAAACGCAUGGAUUUUAUUUGUUUUCGGUACACAGUGUUUACACAAAUAAACGUUAUAUUGUGAUGCGCAUCCACAUCUGCAAAAAAUAAAAUGUUUUAAAAGCACGGUUAGGAAGCCACGCCUCGCUAUGUGACGUAGUCAAGCGCGGGCAUUUCGGAAGUGGGAAGCGAAUCUGACUGAAGGAGCGAAACGUUGAUGAGAGAGCGACAAGAAUUUCAUAACAUUGAAAACAUCAAAAGCGAUCGUUUUUAAAGAAUAAAUUGGGCUUGCUGUCAUGUCCUUUGACCAUCCGUGUUAACACAAGGGAACAACUCCAAAGUGUGAACUGGUAAUCAACCAUGUUGGAUGGGGCUCAUUUCGUUGAGGUAUUGUCUCGGUUGGGUUACCCACGGGCGGUUACUUUGAAAGGUUCGGAGUUCGACUGGCUAUUUGAUGCAGCACCGGAUAACUUGCAUCUUUUACGUGUCGUCUGCAAUCGACUGAACCGCAGCAAUGUUCUAACUCCAGAAGAAUUGCACGCAUACAAGGCCCUCCAGGAGUCCGGGAAACCCAUCUUUGAUGAGGCGACACUAGCAGAAUUGCUUAAGACUUGUUCAUCUGCGGAUGGAGAUUUAGGAUCACAGGGUUCUGUGCUGGGUGGAGGGGAUGAUGUGUUGGUUGAAGAUCUUGAGGCAGAACUUCAAGCUCUCCAGAAGGAGAAGCAACUAAAACAACGCAGACUAAAUAAGCUGCAGAUGCUGGCUACCAGCUGGGGUGCAAACUCCUCGGCAUCCCAAGCGCUACUGCGGGAAGGAGGGGAUAUGAUAAAGGAUGCCAGCUCUGCCUUGGCAGCUGAAAACGCAUGCACAAACUCUGCUGUAGAGAGCCUUUCAAAGGAAGUCACCAAGCUAGCUGGCCUUUUCCACACAGUUUCAGUCCCUCAGCCAGGGCCCCCAGUGCUCCUCUCUCAGUUGCCUUUAGAGCCCUUCCUUCAUCAACAGGAACAGUUCACCAAAGUGUUGGCUUCCUACACCCAGCGACAGUUCUUUCAGGGAAUCUCAGACAUGAUGGAGACUUCUACAUCAAAACACUGCCAGCUGACCAAUCUGAGCUGCUGCAGUGAGAGUGAGGAAGAAGAGGAUGCUGUGCUAAUAGAGCUUAGGAAGAAGGAGAUGGCACAACUGCAGUGGGCAUACAUAGUGGCACAGUACCAGCUGGUAAAGGAGAGGGCUGAGGAGCACGGAGACAAGACCGCCAAAGAGUGGCUCACCCAAAAACUGGUCAACAUUACAGAGCCUUUGUCCUAUUCACAGGCGAGUAGGCUUGAGACUGAUCUACGCUCGGAAGUCCUCUCAAUUCAGUCUGAUAUUCAGUCUCUAGUGUCAGACCCAGUCCGCUUUGCCUUACGAGAUUGUGCCCGCCUCCUUAAUAUCCCUGUGGUGCGUGGUGACCUCGCUCUUCAGUUAGCCAGGCAAAACUACUACACCUCCAGACAGACUGAAGUUCGUGACCAGCUUCUGUGUCAGAGGGCCUCAUUCGAACUUGUGCGUCUGGCCCAGGAUACCGAGCUUCUUAAAGGGAAGGGAGUGAUGGAGCAGCUUGAGGAAAUAGUGAAGAGGUUGGAAAAUGCAUCAGAAGCUGCUACUCAGAGAGAAAACACUCUGACACAACCCCACUUGACUCAGCCCCCACACCUUGGUCCUAGUGCCAAACAACAGGUCAUCAGCUCCAAGGACACAGCCUUUAGCAGGCUGCUGCAGAUUCUUGAAUUAGGAAAGGCCCCCAUGGAGCAAGAGGAUCCAUUUCAAACCUAUGGUAGACUGGAAGUUGCAGCCUCCAGUCUACAGGCAGAGCUCGCUACUAUACAAGAGGCCUUGGAUGGUGCAAGACGUGAACAGGCCUACACUGGCGCUCGUUUAGAACGUGACCGAGAUAUGCUUGACCAAGUGGCAUACUCGGACAUUGUGCAGCCUCUCCUAAGGCCGCAGGUAUGUGCUAUAGCCACACCUGCUCUGGAGCUCUGCCCUCACGCACAGGAGCUGACAAUAGUUCUGGAUCAGUUGGAGGUAAAGCAGAAGACACUUUACACACUUCUUCAGGAUAUAGUUGGAGACUUGAAAUCCAAACGAGCUAAGCUGGAUCGCAGUGCCACCUUAAGGAGAGAGAGGGAACUGUAUGUCUACUUCCAUUUGGACCCUAGGCUGCUCAGCAAAGCAGUAAAAGAUAUGGAAGCUCGAGCAGCAGUUAUGUAGAAUUGCAACUUAAACAGAUCCGCUUUAUCUGUUAACAUGUCCAUGGUGUAAAAAAGCUGACAUUAUAUGCAUAAUGUAACACAUGUUUUGCAAACUUGUAUAUGGCCUAAUGUUACUUCUGUGCUGUGAUUCUCCUGUCACCUUAAAGUAAUUUUAAGUGUUAAAUAUACAGUUUAAAUAUAUUUAACAUCUACUAAUUUCAAUUUAUUUGCAUUAGUGUCACACCGUGUAUAAAUUUGUUCUUGUA